AAGCGCCGAAAAAAAGCCCCGGCCAUAUGACGUCAGAAGCUAAACCUGCUGGGUGUCUGUCCGUUGGAAAGUGAAGUGUGUUUGUCGUGCUAUUGCUAUCGGAGUUUUCUCUCCCUGUGUUGCCUGUCUUUCGUGAAGUGUUUCUGUUAUUUUUGUUUUUACUUCCCUCGAGAGGUUUCACGGUAUCGACUGGAAAAAAAACUCUGCCACUGUUGCCGCCUUAGAGGAUGUUUUAGAAAAGUUCCUGAAGCUUUCUUUGAGGAAACCGGUGGACGGCGGACACCACCGGAGAUGGAUAAGCUAACCGAUAGCUGAGUUGUUAGCUGAGAAUCACAGAAAAGACUCGAGCUACGAUGCUAAUAGCUAGCUAGCUAACUUGGCUUUUUACCGGCUAACCGAGCGACUUUGUGAACCCGUAUCGUUAGAACUACUGCCAGAUUUUCCUCGGGCCUGGACGCGACGCGGUGAGCAGUUUGUCAGAGGCCAGCUAACUCAGGAAGACUCGGUCUCUGUAUUGAGAACAGUAUUGUUGAGGGGAGGCUGCUUACCUCUCAGCCCCGAACUAUGAACAUGCUAUCAAACGCACAGAACCAACCACUGUUUCCCAACCCGGCGGGGCAGCAGAACCCAGCCGGGCAACAGAACCCUUCGGGCCAGUUCCACUCCUUCCAGCCCAGACCCACCUUACAGAUCAGGAAGAACGCAAUCACUGACGAAUACAAGGUGACCAGCCAGGUGUUGGGGUUGGGAAUCAAUGGAAAAGUGCUCGAAAUAGUACAGAAGAGCACUGGCGACAAGUAUGCCCUAAAGAUGCUACAGGAUUGUGCCAAAGCCCGCAGGGAAGUGGAGCUUCACUGGAGGGCAUCACCUUGUGACCACAUUGUGCGUAUCAUCGAUGUUUAUGAGAACCUCUAUCAGGGCAAAAAGUGUCUGCUUAUCGUUAUGGAAUGCAUGGAUGGUGGCGAGCUUUUUAAUCGAAUCCAGUCCAGAGGAGACCAGGCCUUCACAGAGAGGGAGGCUUCUCACAUCAUGAAGAGCAUAGGUGAGGCUAUACAAUUUCUACAUGCAAUCAACAUCGCCCACAGAGAUGUCAAGCCAGAGAAUUUACUGUAUUCCUCAAAGAGACCCCGUGCCCUGCUCAAGCUCACAGACUUUGGUUUUGCCAAGGAGACCACCUCACUUAACUCUUUAGCUACUCCUUGCUACACGCCCUACUAUGUUGCUCCAGAGGUUCUCGGCCCAGAGAAAUAUGACAAGUCAUGUGACAUGUGGUCGUUGGGUGUCAUUAUGUAUAUCUUGCUGUGUGGAUAUCCUCCGUUUUAUUCUAACCAUGGUCUAGCCAUCUCUCCUGGGAUGAAGAAGAGGAUCAGAAAUGGUCAAUAUGAGUUUCCCAACCCUGAAUGGUGUGAUGUAUCAGAGGAAGCGAAACAGCUGAUUAUGACUCUUCUAAAGACUGAGCCCACCCAAAGGUUGACCAUCACAGAGUUCAUGAAUCAUCCCUGGAUCAAUCAAUCAAUGGAGGUUCCCCAGACCCCCCUUCACACCAGCCGGGUUCUGAUGGAAGAGAAGGACGCAUGGGAGGAAGUCAAGGAAGAAAUGACUAGUGCCUUGGCAACAAUGAGGGUCGACUACGAGCAAAUCAGAAUUAAGACCAUCGAGGACUCGACCAAUCCACUGCUAAUGAAAAGGAGGAAGAAGGCAAAUAACGCCGUGGCUACACCUGCUGCUCACUGAAAGAUGCAUGCAUGCCUGCCUUCACAUACAAACACAGGUUGUGAAAAGGAAGCAAUAAGUUGUCGACACGUGAGUCGGGUUGCAUGGAUUUUUCUUUCUUUCUUUUUUUCUCAGUGUUUUAUUUUUCAUGACAAAUUGUAAUGUUUUGUAAGAGUGUUUGUUUUUAUUACUCUACCAUUUUAACAACUCAUCGCUCUGCAACAGCAGAGGGGAUGUUGAUCUGUGUUUUUACACCACUGAAGAGAUUAUGAAAUUUAGAAAAGGGGAGAAUGGGGAACUGACACAUCCUCUUGCCUCUUCUUUCCUAAAUAUCAGGUUGUGUACUCACAGGGGCUCGAAUGUUGGAAUAGGAGAUGUACGCCUUAGCAUUAGCAGUAGUGAUUUUACACCCCCCCACAAGCCUGCUCCAGCUCAAGCCCCAAACCUUUGAAUGUUAACUCUGAUGGCUAAAUCCCAAAAAUGAAAAAACAAAAAAACACAGACACACAAGGGAAGGUUUAGUUUUUCUUACAUGCAAAAUAAGCAGAUGUAUUUUGAACUGACAAGUGGAAUGUAAAGACUCUGUCCUCGAUUGUUGGAAUCAGCUAGAAGUAAGCUGCUGAUUCCCGGGACUCGGAGUGUGUGUCAGGUUCAGUUUGUCUUUGUGAAUGUUGAACACAGGCCUAUGCACUCACACAGGGGCCGUUCUGACAGAGCACCUCACUCAUGGCCCCUCUCUCCUAUCUUUAUCUACGCUUGUUUUUCAGGUACACAAUUUUAGGGCAGAGAGGGAAGCCAGAUUAAAAUACAGAAACUGGCCCGUCUUUCUCCUGCAUGUAGCUCAUAGGAGAGUUGGAGGCAGCCUAUACUGUACUUUUUAUGAAUUCUAUAAACGUUUUAGCAUAGGCCUUAAUGAGUACUGCUAAAUCAGCAAAUGGCUUUUAACUCAAACUUACCAUUUGGUUCAAGCUUUUACCAAUGUUUUGCUUCAGAAUUUAAAACGUUGCCAGAUUAUAUUUCAGGUUAAUGCUAUGCAGAUGUUUUUUUGUCAUCAAAUUACGAGUGAUUUCUGUUUGUACAUGUGUUGAAGAGAUGUUGAGCAACUGUAGGGAGUGUUCCCGUGUUUUAUGUAAGCAGUAGCAUCCCCUUGGGAGUACAGAGGGCACACUGGUCAUUUCCAGUUACUGUUGGUUGCACCAGGGUUAGUCAGGAUAUACUCAACUUGACUAAUCUAGUGCAGUUCCAUUAUCAUCUGUCAGUUCUUCACAAUUCCUCGGAAACUGAUAGGUUAGAAAGUACGUAGUAGCUGCUCCUCAUCCUUGUGCACAGUCUGAUUUACCACCAGCAAGCUGUCAUCACAUUCAGAGAAAGUAUAAUGGUCUCUCCUUCUGUAGUGUUUUGUUAAUGCAACAGGACACUUCCCAGCUCACUUUGGGAAUCAUGGGAAUAUUAUUGUAUAAUUUUGUCAGUUUAGGCCACUUCACUUUGUAAGAUCACUUCCACUUUACUUGUCAUAUCGCACCUAGAAAUUUCUUACAGGAAAAAUGUUCAUGAAAUGUUUGUGACAAUGUUUAUUUUUUAUUUUUUGUCCCUCUCAACACAUUUUUGUAGUGGAAACACAGAUGUGUCUUGGAAUCUGUUCAGCUCCCGUACAUUUGUCUGCUUCAGCUUUGGAUUAAAAAAAACAACAACCAUAAAACA